AUGGUUCCUUGGAUUCUUGGAGACAAGUUCGACACUGUCUACCCUCACCAGGGGUCGAUCAAGGUCCUAUGGGAGUCAAAGUGGAAAUUCUGCGCCACGAAAUCCAUCUACCCCUUCCACGAUGGAUCGCUAGAAGACUUCGAGCCCGUUUUCCAAAAGCUAAUCGCUGAAAACAUCAACGACGCAAACACAGACGCCUACACCGAGGCCUUCCUCCCAACGGCAACAGCCCUAGAGAACGAAGCCGCCAAAGCCCUCAACAACGGGCAACUCGACCGCGCCGCCGACCUCUACCGCCGCGCAGCAGUCAUCCUCCGCAUCUCUCGCUUCCCCUACGUAAGCCCCUCAACCCGCCCCGAGACCUCCAUCAAGCGCGCCGCCUUCGAGCGCCAGAAACAAGUCUACCUAAAAGCCGCCUCGCUAUGGAACCCCAUCAUCACGGAGGAAGUGAUUCCACACACGCACCGCGCCGGCCGCGACGGCCCCGAAAUCCCAAUGUACAUUCGUCUACCCGAGGAAGCGAGCGCCACCAACCGCGUCCCCGUCGUCCUGCUCAUGACCGGACUCGACGGCUACAGACCGGAUAACAGCCAGCGCACCCACGAGAUCAUCAAUCGUGGCUGGGCGACGGUUGUCGUUGAGAUUCCUGGGACAGCGGAUUCGCCUGCGGAUCCGGCGGACCCUGAGUCGCCUGAUAGACUCUGGUCUAGUGUACUUGAUUACAUGGAUCGGCGGCCCGAGUUUGAUAUGUCGCGGGUCGCGGCUUGGGGACUUAGUGCCGGUGGCUUCUAUGCUAUUCGAGCGGCUUGUAUGCACCGUGAGCGUCUUGUGGGAUGUGUUGCUCAUGGACCUGGGGCGCACUUUGUUUUCGAUCCUGAGUGGUUGUCCAAAGCGAAUGAUCAUGAGUAUCCGUUUGUGCUUACCACCGCUAUGGCGGAGAAGUAUGGCUAUGAUAAUGAGGAAGAGUUUGUGAAGAACGCUCAGAAGAAGUUCUCGCUUGUGGAGACUGGUGUUCUUGACCAGGAUAACUGCCGAUUGCUUCUGCUCAACGGCGUGGAUGACGGUGUUGUUCCGAUUGAAGACUGCAUGGUGACUCUCAGACAUGGCGGUCCUAAGGAAAGUCGGUUCUUCGAGAACCGGGUGCACAUGGGAUACCCUGACAGUCUGCCUGUGGCUUACAAGUGGUUGGAGAGUGUUCUGUCGCCUAAUGCCAAGCAGAUGAAGAACUGA